UGCCGGGACUGUGAUCGAGCAGUGCGAAACAUUCCCUCCGAUGAUGGAAUAAGAUGAGACCCAGCUCAUUCCCCUUAAACGAGACCAUUGGGAAGGACAACCCUUUCUUAAAUUUUCCUUAAGGAAAAUUUACCGCACGAGAGUUUCAGGUUUAUACGCCGAAAAAGAACAGUUGCUCUUAGAAUCUGCGAUCUGGUGUUGGAAGGAUGAAAGAAGUGAUCGACAGUCCCUUUAAGGAUUCUUCGAGGGAUGAAAAGUCCCAGCUGGAGAUCUUGUUGCCAGAUGAGAAGAAAUUCCACAAUGCAGCUAAAACUGGUGAUGUAGGUGCUUUGACAGAUUGCUUAGCACGAAAUGUCCAGAUUAACAUCAGAACUGAGUUGGAUCGUACUGCCCUUCAUUUUGCUGUUGCCAACCAGAGUGAAAGUGCCGUUGCUUUUCUUCUGAACCACAAUGCCAGGGUGGAUAUUAAAGAUAAGCAUGGUAUGGAUGCCUUUCUCCUUGCUGCCUGGUUCGGACACUUGAAUAUCUUGAAAUUAUUGGUAGAGAAAGGUGUUGAUCGAAAAUCCACAAACGAGGAAGGAUUGAACGCAUUGCAUUGUGCUGCCCAGAAUAAUCAAAUUUCAAUUGUACAAUGUAUAGUAAAAGAUCUGCAGUUGGAUUUAAAUAAACCCACAGAGAAAGGCAAAAUGUCGUAUCACUUGGCAGCUGAAAACGGGCACCUUGAGAUGGUUGAGGCACUGAGGGAGUUUGAUUAUAACACACAGGAAAAGGAUAAGGAAGGUAAUACGCCCUUGCAUCUUGCUGCGAGGAAUGGUCACGUGAUGGUAUUAAAGAAACUGCUGAAUGAAUGGAAUCUAAUAGAUGAGGUGAAUGAGGAGGGCGAGACUGCAUUCUACCUGGCUGCUGUGGGAGGUCACCACGAAUGUGUGACAUUGCUGCUGGAAGCAGGAAGUGACAUUAAUCUUUUACCAAAGAGCAAUAUGAGUCCCUUGCACAUUGCAGCAGAGAGAGGCGAUUGCUCCUUGGCUUCAAUGCUUAUUGAUGCUGGAGCUGCUUACAAUUGUCAAAAUAAAAGAAAAGAAUCACCUCUGCACUUAGCUGUUAAAUACAAACAUAUGCCAAUUGCACAGCUCUUUGUGGAAUCCAUGUGCGAUGUUAACAUUUUAGAUGAGAGAAACCAGAAUCCGUUGCACUUGGCAGCAGAGCUUGGAAGAGCUGACUUAGUGGAACUGCUCCUGAAAGCAAACACUGAUCUGAAACAAAAGGACAAGCAAGGCAAGACUCCACUGGGAGUGGCAGCAAGAGUCAAUCACAUCAUUAUUGUGGACAUGAUCAUCAAAGCAGAAAGAUAUUGUGCAUGGAAGGAGGUCAUCCAGGAUAGACUUCCAAAUCCAACGAGCAAUUAUCCACUAACAUUCAAACCAGACCAUACCACACAGACGAGCCAACUCCGCACAAUCAUAUGGAGCCUGGCACACCAUGACCUCAAACCAAAGGACUGGAAGAGGCUUGCAAUGUACUGGAAUUUCACUGAAGAACAAAUUAAGGGAAUUGAGGAACAAUGGACAGGAGCAAAGAGUUAUAAGGAACAUGGUCACAGAAUACUACUGAUUUGGCUGCAUGGGAUCCUUCUAACUGGCACAAAUCCAGUCAAGGCCUUGUAUGAGGCGCUAAUUAAUAUUGAACAGAAUAACUUAGCUGGGCAGGCACUGAGACAGAAGAAGAUGAUUUUCCAAAUUAGUGUAUAACAACAUUUAGGAUGGAAUGAAAAUGAAGCCUGAAUAUCAUAGCUCUACCUGUGAAAUAAGGAAGAAACAGAGUUGGUGACAGGAGCCAAAAUAUUUAGUCUGGAGGAAAAUUAAGUGACUUCCAGCAAAACACAAACUGCUGGAGAACUCAAAAGGUCAUGCAGAAUCUGUGGAGGAAAAGUGUCAGA